AUGCUGCCAAGAUGGGGGCGCUCUAUGCUCUGGAGAAAUAAUAGCAACUUCCUGGGGCUCAUUUGUAUGCGUCAUUCAAGGCGUUGGAUACGAUGUCGAGGGGUUCCUUUUAAAGUAUCAACUCGACGUUAUUUGGAUGAGGGGUUUACAGAGGGACCGUCACGGCGUGAACCUCCUACUUCUAUGCCGUUGGCGUAUAUUCAAGAAUGUAUUGCGGAUAUAGAACAAUAUCGGACUGAAGACGCGAUGUGGUCAAAUGGGACUUUGCGCGAGGCGUGGAAAACAAUACAUCAUUCAUUACAAACGGCUAUGGAAAGAGAGGAUGCUGUGAAGAUACAGCAGAUGAUUGAAAAGGAUUUAGUUGGUUUGGCCUUAUGCACAUCAUACGCGGAGGUGAAACAUCUCUUAUCCAUAUUGCCGCCUUCUCUACGUGAAGCCAUUAUUUCUCAUCCAUCCUUUUCUCAUGCGGAUGUGGAGGAGUUCUUUGUGCACCUCGGUCAGGAGAUGGAGGUGCGAGGUGACGGAUGGGUCGCUCAAUUACCACCCCCAUCUGUCAGCGAGCUUCAGUUUUCCAUUGAGAAGAUUGGUCACUUUGGUGAUGACGGACGCGGUUGUAUUCGGAACACGCCACAUCGUGUUUCCGUCUGGCGUGGUCGUCUGGGGGAGCCGCUUGGCAUCACCAUUCGAGUAGGUCGCUACGUGCCGAACGUCGCUCGGGCUCUCAUUCCUUUGGCUCACAAGGGGAGUGUUCUGAUCCUCUCCAAGGCGGGUAUUGGAAAAACAACUCUUUUGCGCGACCUCGCUGCCUCUCUGUCUCGCGAGCCAUCGAAGCCGCGCGUCAUUGUCGUGGACACAUCCAACGAAAUCGGCGGAGAUUGUCCGAUUCCACUGCCAUUCUUGGGUCGCUGCCGACGGGUGCAAGUUUCUCGUCGUGAGGAUCAGGGUCAAAUUAUGACCCAGAUUUUGCAGAAUCACUCUCCUGAGUAUGUUGUUGUAGAUGAAAUUGCCACAGCUUCCGAGGCCGAGGCAGCAUGGUCCAUGACCCAACGAGGUGUCCAUCUUAUUGCGACGUGUCAUGGGGAAAACCUUCAUGGAUUAUUGCAAAAUCAGUCGCUUAAUCUUCUUGUUGGCGGUGCAGCGCAGGCGUUUCUCAGCAAUGAAGAGCGAAGGCUACGAAAUAAGUCUAAGAAAACGAUUCUAGAGAGGCCGCAUUUGUCACCGUUUCGUUUUGUGGUUGAGCUGAAUUCUCGAAAUAAAGCGCAUGUGUACACAGAUGUCAAUACCGCAGUGGAUCUUCUUUUGGAUGAUCAGGAUGCGAAGCAAAACGCCUCAGUAGGUCAGACUGUGGUGUUGGAUCGCCAUCCGUCGGAUGAAUUGAUGGGGUCGAUCAUAGCCAAGGAGAAGAUUGUCCCACUGAAAAAAAGUUGUAACCCAGGAAUCCAUGGAAGGUUGGAGCCUAAUGAUGAUGGUGACGAUAACGGCAUUCUUGACGACGUUAAUGAUUCUUGUGAUGGUCGAAGAUUCCAAAAACCGUGGACAGGCGGACGCGGAAAGAAAUAUCCAGGCGGUCGGAAGAGAACCGACGAGGAACUAUUGGAGGAUCUUCAGGGGUUCAUCUAA